AGAGGGAUGCGGGCGGCAGAGCGGGAGAGGCGGCUGCUGGGCUGCGGAGCGCGGUGACUGACUCUCCCUUUGCUCCUUCUAGCUCUUGCUCUCUUCUUCUCCAGCCUUCCUCUCUCCCUCCUCCUUUCCCUUGUCCUGUAUCUCGCCUGCCUCCUCUGCUCCUUUCCGGAGAGCCUUGCCCUAUGGCAGUGGCUGCCUGCAUCUUUGCUGCACCUCCACAGACGACCCUCUCGCGCCCUGAGCUGAGCUGGGUCACUGGAUGUUGCUGAAACUCUCAGGAUCAUGCGAGGGCUUGGCUGCUUUCACGCCGGGUGCUGCUGCUGCCGCUGUCGCUGCUCCCGCCGCUGCUGUUGCCGGGGGCCCUGGGAUGCUCAGUAGCUCUGUCCCCGGACCCAGCGAUCCUUUGGUUUUGGGGAGAGCCUUUUUGCAGCUGCAGAGUUGAGUGAACUAGUCAUGGUGCUCUGGGAAUCCCCGCGGCAGUGUAGCAGCUGGACACUUUGCGAUGGCUUUUGCUGGCUGCUGCUGCUACCGGUGAUGUUACUCAUCAUUGCCCGGCCCGUGAAACUUGCAGCUUUCCCUACCUCCUUAAGUGACUGUCAAACGCCUACCGGCUGGAACUGUUCUGGUUAUGAUGACAGAGAAAAUGAUCUCUUCCUUUGUGACACCAACACUUGUAAAUUUGAUGGGGAGUGUUUAAGAAUUGGAGACAGCGUGACUUGUGUCUGUCAGUUCAAGUGUAACAGUGACUAUGUGCCCGUGUGUGGUUCCAAUGGGGAUACCUAUCAGAAUGAGUGCUACUUGAGACAGGCAGCUUGCAAACAGCAGAGUGAAAUACUCGUGGUGUCAGAAGGGUCAUGUGCCACAGAUGCAGGUUCAGGAUCUGGAGAUGGAGUCAAUGAAGGAUCGGGAGAAACCAGCCAAAAGGAGACAUCCACCUGUGACAUUUGUCAGUUUGGUGCCGAGUGUGAUGAAGAUGCAGAAGACGUAUGGUGUGUGUGCAACAUUGACUGCUCUCAAACCAACUUCAAUCCCCUUUGCGCUUCUGAUGGGAAAUCUUAUGAUAACGCAUGUCAAAUCAAAGAGGCAUCAUGCCAGAAACAAGAGAAAAUUGAAGUCAUGUCUUUGGGUCGAUGUCAAGAUAACACCACCACCACUACUAAAUCUGAAGAUGGGCAUUUUGCAAGAACAGAUUAUGCAGAGAAUCCUAACAAAUUAGAAGAAAGUGCCAGAGGACUCUACAUUCCUUGUCCAGAACAUUACAAUGGCUUUUGCCUGCAUGGGAAGUGUGAACAUUCAAUUAAUAUGCUGGAGCCAUCUUGCAGAUGUGAUGCGGGCUAUACUGGACAACACUGUGAAAAAAAGGACUACAGUGUUUUAUACGUCGUUCCUGGUCCUGUACGAUUUCAGUAUGUCUUAAUAGCGGCUGUGAUUGGAACCAUCCAGAUUGCCAUCAUUUGUGUUGUUGUCCUCUGUAUUACAAGGAAAUGUCCCAGAAGCAACAGGAUCCACAGACAGAAGCAAAACACAGGGCACUACAGUUCAGACAACACAACGAGAGCGUCCACAAGGUUAAUUUAAAGAGCGCAUGUUUCCACAAUGGCCAGACUACAGAGAGAGCUUGGACUACAAAAUUCAGUAUUAUAGACAAAAGAUUAAGACAAGAGAUCUACACAUGUUGCCUUGCAUUUGUGGUAAUCGACACCAAUGAAAACAUGUACUACAGCUAUAUUUGAUUAUGUAUGGAUAUAUUUGAAAUAGUAUACAUUGUCUUGAUGUUUUUUCUGUAAUGUAAAUAAACUAUUUAUAUCACACAAUAUAGUUUUUUUCUUUUUCAUGUAUUUGUUAUAUAUAAUAAAUACUCAGUGAUGAGAAAAAAAUUGGCAUUCUUAAAUUUGCUGUAUCUCAUAACUGUGUAGAGGUGGGAUAGUACAAUUUGUACAAUUACUAGUGUUUAUUGUACUGUAAUUCUUGUGGCAGAAUUUGAGUUUAUAUAGGACUCAGGGACUAGGUUUUGAAUGAUUCCAAGAUCAACGAAAACUCUGGUUAUUGGAAAAGAGAAAAAUAAUUUACUUCAUUUCAAGUGCAGAUAAAAUAUUUCAGAUCUUUGAAGCAUCUCUCUUUCAUCAUUUUCCCCCCUCUGGCCUUCUAGUUUCAUGCCUAGAGCAGGAACACUCUGGUAUAGAAAUUAAAUCAAAGAAAAAUUGGAAGUAGAAAUGUUUGAUAACUCACGAGGAGACUGGAGGGAAAGCAUAGCUUUCAUUUGGGAGAGAGUUUAGUAACUCCUAGCCAAGGAGAAGCUGAAGAAAACCCAUUCUGGGUGACCUCAGCAAAUUAUAUCUCAAGGGUACUUAAAGUAGCAAAAAUGAAACAUUUUAGUUGAACCAAAUUACCAACUAGAAAAAAAGAAAUUAAUAAUGUUAUCUAAGCUGAAACAUGGGGUUGGCAGAAGGGAAUAGAAAACUAAACUCACAAAUAAAUAUUUCAUAAAAACUUCAUGAAUGAGACUAUGCCAUUAUUUGUGAUGGAACCAAGGUUGUGGUUAUACUUCAUGAAAAUAGGGAAAUAUUUUGAGCUUAUUCAUCUGCUGGGUAAGAUUUUAAUGUUAUAGCAUCUGAAAGGUCUUAGUGGGAAGGAGCAUUGGGUUUUGGAUUUUUGGUAUUGUUUUGAACUAAUGAAUAGACAUUCCUGCUUUAUUUUUAAUAUCAGUAGGAGUUCUUAAAGAAUAAAAUGU